CCAAGACCUCAACUCCAAACUUUACCAUCCAUCACCACCGCGGAUUCCUCCUGCCUGUACCCCCAUACCCCCCAUACCCCCCUCUCCACAUCCUCCUGCAUCUAUCAUCUACUUCUCCUCUAUUCCUCCGUACGGACUCUGGUCCUCGGGUUCAACCGCCUCAUCGUCAGCCAAUGAUCUUCUUCCCGCAGUCGAUCCUCUCUGACAAUCUAAGCCCCAUUAAGCGGCCAGCACGUUCGCCCGCACGGCUCAGUGCUCAGCCCAGUGGUCCUGGAGCCUUGACGGGUCCCUCCCCCCAUUCAAAUUCAAGAAGAGUCCUGCAGAUACCUCCACACCUCCUCCACCUUAACAUGCAACAACCACAUCCUUUCCAGGAUUAAACUCAGGGGAAUCAAUACCACUAAUAUUCGCGCGAACGAGAGAUAAAUACGCUGACUGUCACGCUCCGACGCGCCCUAUACCUCCAGAACCAUUCACUCCCAACUCCUCAUCUCAACUCACAACCGAAAAGCAUAAAACUCCCCGAAACUCCCGUUAUCCGGAAAAGAGGGUCGACACAUCAUAAUCGCCGAGCCCGUAUCGACAAUCUUACCUUCUUCUCCUUCUCGAAGAUCUUUCGACAAACUUAUCCAGCCCCUUGGUACAUCUUUCGUACCUCGUCUGGAACAGGUACAUGGUCUUACCAUAAAGCCUCCUUCUCGAAAACCUCUAAACACUCGCUAUAUCAUCGAUCAUGGCCCAACAACAAGCUCAGAAUGUCAUGCGAAGGUACGUUAAGGGAUGGUGGUACAAUUUGGGGCUGGGUAUGGUCAUAUUGACACUCAGGAGAGAUCUUGGAAGCGACGGAAAUGCCCAUGAUGUGCCGAUUCUUUGGUUGGCAUAUUCAUCAAUGGCUAUCAAUGUCGUCUUCCCACAUGUCAGAUGCGAACUGCAGUCCUCUCCACGCCCAACCCCAGCUGGACCGCAAAUUCCCACAUAAAAUUGCUAAUGUUUGUGUAGGAAGCUGGUCAUAAUUGGAGAUGGUGCUUGUGGUAAAACCUCCCUUCUCAGCGUCUUCACACUUGGAUAUUUCCCUACAGUAAGCAUUUCCUAAUCCAUCCAUUGAUUACACUGCUAACUAUUCUCACAGCACUAUGUUAGUCCACUCUUCUAUAAGCCCCAUCGCACUACUUAUGCCGAUUUUCUAGGUACCAACAGUCUUCGAGAAUUAUGUGACCGAUUGUAGAGUGGAUGGAAAGAGCGUACAGUUGGCUCUGUGGGAUACAGCAGGACAAGAGGAUUACGAGAGAUUACGGCCGUUAGCAUACUCAAAAGCACAUGUCAUUCUGAUAGGCUUUUCAAUCGAUACACCAGAUUCCUUGGAUAACGUCAAGCACAAAGUAAGCUUGGAUUUCACUUGAUGGCUUAUAUGUUUCACAUGCUGAUAAUUUCCAAGUGGGUUGAAGAGGCCAAUGAGCGAUGUCCCGGUGUUCCCAUUAUCCUGGUCGGUCUGAAGAAAGAUUUACGAGAAGAUCCGGUCGCAAUUGAAGAAAUUCGCAAACGAUCACAACACUUUGUGGGCACCAAAGAGGCUAGUGAUAUUGCGCACGAUAUUGGAGCACGAAAAUAUCUGGAAUGUUCAUCGUUAACUGGUGAAGGAGUCGACGACGUUUUCGAGGCCGCUACGAGAGCUGCCUUACUCACGUUCGAGAAAGGCGAGGGAGGUGGAUGCUGUGUUAUAUUGUAGGGUAAUGGUUACGGAGUUCGGUGGUGAAAAUAGAGACAUGGGUUGGCAAAGGACAAUUCUCGGGACCAGCAACAAUUCGACCUAAACUUUCUAAUGCGCGGGGGAAAACGAACCCAUCAUCACCUUCGAUUUACAUUUUACGAAAAAAAAGAAGUCUGGCUCGCUCGGAAGAAUAAAAGGCCAUAUGGAGUCUCUUCAAUAAUAGCGAAUAGUGGAGGAUGUCAAUUUGUCACACGGGAGGGAAUAUUUGGCAACAGCGCUUGCACAUCAAAAGUCUUUUCAAAGCUAAUUGUUUAUGUCAUACUUUGAGUUCUUUCGAUGGUAAGAUAGAGCCGUUCUAAUGAUUGAUCACGACUUGGUUCACACACUCCUUUUUAUCGCGGUCUUUUUUAUUUUUAAUACAACUCACCACAUACCCAGCUUGCGGAAGGAAAUGAAAUUUGCUGCUGCUACAAUACUUGCGAAUGACAGCGUUUGGUAUAAUGGAAGGAGACUCUUGUACAUAAUAUACAUAUUUGCAAGCACCAUGCCCAUUGAAUAUCUUGGAGUUGCAUCUGCGUUUCUUUGCAUCUGAGGAGUUAUUUCUUGAUCUUCGUAUCGACAUCGAUUACACAAUUGUUGUACAAUCCUCUGGCCGUAACAACCUUUUUACAAAGAUAAAAAUGAAUCAACUCUCGUAUUUCUUUCAAGUGGACUACUAUCGUGUCCAGCCGUGAUUCCAGGCCUCCUUUGCGGGUGUAUCGGUUUGUGCUCGUGCGUAUUCGAUGGGGACGCCGCCAUGUCCGAAGAUCCCUUUCUUCUCCAUGGCGAUGCGGUAUAAGCGUCCCGCGUCUUUGGUUCCGGGGGUGUCCAUUGUGCGGAGGAGUUCGCAGGCGCUGUGCAUGCUUUGGUACAUUCUGGUGAAGUGAUUGUUAGCUUUUCUUCUUCUUCUUUUUUUGGGUUGUUGAUUUUGUGGUUAGAGAGGGAUUGAAGAGGGAUUGAUGGUUCUGAUCCCAGUUUCUUUUUCUUCCUUCUUUUUCUCUUUCUGGUGCGAAUUCCGUGUUGUCUCUCGAAGUCCAAUUGCCAAUCCAAAUCCACAUCCAUACCUCCCUCAAAUCUCAAUCCCCCAAACCAAAAAACAUAAAGCGGAUAUCUACGAACCUCAUCAACUCCCCCUCCUCGGCCUCCAUCCUCUUCCGUCGCGCCAACAUCCACGCCCGGUGAAUCGUCCAAUGUCGCAACGCCCGCAGCCGACUCAGCCUCAGCGGUCGCGGCGUCUUGGGGUGCUGCAUGUGGUAUCGGAUUAACGAAAUCCUGGGAUCCGUCUUGUUCGCCGCAUUUCGUGCUGGGCGGGCGGCGAGAGGGGUGGUGGUGCUGAAUGCUCUUUUUGUAUUGGUGGGGGUUUGGAGGGUGGUUUUUGGGAGGGGUUUGCGGGUUGAGAGGGUGAGGGUGCGGAAGGAUGAGAAGAGGGGGGUGAGGAGGUGGGUUNUGGUGGGGGUUUGGAGGGUGGUUUUUGGGAGGGGUUUGCGGGUUGAGAGGGUGAGGGUGCGGAAGGAUGAGAAGAGGGGGGUGAGGAGGUGGGUUGUUGUUGUGUGGGACAUUUUUGUGUGGUUGUGGUGGUUGGUUGGGCGAUUGUGGUGUUGGUGGUGUUGAAGCUGUUGAUGUGAUGGGAUGAGCUGCGAUUUU